UUGGAGUCAGCAGCAUAACGGGCUUCCCAACAUUUUGAGGAGUCUGGCGAAUUCGGGCGAAACUCGCUCUGGCAACCAUUUGUAUCGAACUUUAAGAUGUCAUUGUUUCGAACCAACAAUUGUCUGCCACGGUGAUAUGUGAUCGGUGAAGCGGUAAAAGAGUGUCUGCGUUUCUAGUGAACGGAUGUUCAGUCAUCACGCAUUUGGAAAACAUUUUUUGCAAAGUAGUAACGUUAGGUGGAAGAAGCGAGAAGUCGUUGAUAGCAACUACUACAGUAGGCUCAAGCGUCAAGAUGCCCAAACGCAAGGAGCCAGCUCUUCUGCAGGAUCUGGCGUUCGAUUCAAUGGUAUCUCAUUGCGUGGAUUAUUGCCAGAAGACCAGCUGCCAUCUAGAUUCAAAAAAACUCCGUAAAUGCAUUGCCAAGAUAAAAUCGCAGCUGUUUCCUCUGCUGCCGCCAAACCUUUCUCUGGUCGAGGAUUUCUGUAUAAAAUUUUUCGAAGUGUUUAAACUCACUUGCUGGGAAAGAUCGGCGAUGCAUCGGGAGAGCUAUAUCGCAAAAGCAUUGGAAAUCAUGAUGGACGUGAAAAUUCCUAAUCUGCGAUGUAGCCACGCAUACCUAAAUUACUUGGACUGCAAUGAUUUUCACCGAUUCCGGGGAUUAGAGUCAUUGGAAAUCGAGACCUUUCCUUCGUACGACGUGUCUGGAAUACUGGAAUAUUUUUGCUUGGAAAAUCUCCGUGAACUCUACCUUCCACAGCAGUGCAACAACAAUGACCUUGCCAUAAUUGGCUCGUGUUGUCCGCUGUUACAGGUGCUCGAUGUGAGCAACUCGCCCGAUGUUGACGACUACGGAUUGCAAGCCCUGCAGCCAUGCUCAGAUUUACGAGUCCUUGAUUUUUGUUUCUGGAGAGUGUCAAAUGUUGGCGUGAAUGAUCUGCUGUCGGCACAUCCGAAGCUCGAGGAGUUGAAUGCGCGCAAAACUGUCCGCCUACGCAUGUGUGUGGGGUUGGACUUCGACUUGUUGUCGCGUCCACUGACGAUGGUGUGUCCAUCUAUGAAACGCUAUUGCGUCAGAUUCAAGCCAGUAACGAACGAAAUUUUACACGCUCUCAUUACUCUUUUCCCCAAUUUGACAUAUCUCAGGAUUUUCGGUCAAGUCGAAGGCGAUUUGCGCCUCUUACAGAAACUCAAAAUGCUCAAUGCGCUUGAUUUCAGUGGGGGUGUGAGCCAUCCCAGUACAAACAAUCUCAGGGAACUGUUGACGAUCAUAGGUGCAAAUAUUUCUUCGCUAGACAUGAAGAACUUGUAUUGUGUUGGCGUGUUUUUGACGCAGGACGACAUGAACUUUCUUUACGAAUCUUGCAAAAAUGUUGAAUAUCUGACGUUCGUUUACGAACGCAGCAGUUGUGGGGAUAAAUUAGUAGUGCCACCUUUCCCGAAGUUGAAAGAACUCGAUGUAGAGGCAAAAAGAUUCAACAAUAACCGAUUUCCCAGUCACGCCGAAAUAGAAUUUGGUGUAUUGAACCAGCUUGAAACUCUAAGGUUCGAAAACUUUGGGCCGAUUGCGAAAAUAACGGAAUCUAUCAUGUUCGAUCACGUGAGAUUUCCAAAUUUGAAGAAGGUUCUAUGCGAGGAAGCCGACGAAGAGGGCAUGAGGAAGAUAAACAAAAUCGCAAAAGAUAACAACCUUGAUUUCACAAUGGAGUGUCAGCCUUGGCCGAGCGCGUAUUGGGACAGAUUGGGAUUUAUGAGCACCGGGUGGAUACUGCAUUAGUUCGACGUUUCGUUAUUGGAAUGAAUCAACAUGUGGAGAAAUCAGUUUUGUAAAAAAUAAAACUUAAUAAAGUACUGGUUUUGUCAAAA